GCUCUGCUAGUCUUACACCCCUUUUUGAAGGGGAAAAAGAUCAUCUGGUUCCCUCAGUAGCUGGUGUACUUCGGGAAUGCAAGCUGUUUCAGAUGGCUGGUCGGAUUCUUGGCCAUAACUUCAUUCAUGGCGGCUCUGGAUUCCCAGGACUCAGUUUGGCUGUCGUGACUCUGUUAACUGGGGGGGAGACUGAAACUGCCGCAGCAGCUCUGACCCUUGAGGAUGUUGCUGAUCUUGAUCAUCGGGAAACUAUUGGUUUGCUCAAGAAGGCAGAACUUACUGCAGAAGAAACCAACAGUUUGACUGAUCUUUGCCUGUCCUGGUAUCAACCUACUCCUACCUCCACCAAUCAUGACUGGCUGUUCCAGUUGCUGCUUACAAAAGCAGUACUUCACAAUGGAAUCCAGCCUAUUAAGCAGAUCCGGAAAGGCCUGAAAGAAACUGGAAUCUGGCCGCUAAUUUCAGCCAGACCAGAUGUCCACCCCAUACUUUUCCCAAGGGAGUCAAAUGUGGAACUUAACUCACAGACCAUGAUCGAGACCAUUCGCUGGCCACAACCUUCAUGUGACAGCGAUGAGGAAGAGGACGAGCCUGUUCCAUUGAUGAACAUCAGUGCAGUCACUGGAUUUUUGAGGAGAUUCAUAGAGGAAGCAUCACCAGAGGUGCUGCGUGACCUCAUGAGGUUCUGGGUUGGCUGGGAGCAGCAAAUGAGUUGUCUCUACAUGAAGGUUGUACGCUCAACUUAUCCAGUAGCGCACACCUGCUUGCACACAUUGGAGCUUCCUUGCCACUACCAGACCUACACAAUGUUCCACCAAGAUGUGAUGAUGGCCCUCAAUUCCAUCAGCUCUGGCUUUGGGAUGGUGUAGUGCAAAUGUGACCCAAGGUGUUAAAAGGGGGUGGGGACUGCUACUAAUUGAUGCAUAGUUUUAAGUAAUUGUUCGUAGACUUGAUGGAAGGCCUCUGGCUUUGGUUUUGUUUAGUAGGUUCAGGUUGAAAUAAGGUCUUGCACUUGUCACUUUGAAAAAAAAAUUCUAUAUUGUCUUACUGCCAUUGUUCAGGCACUUAAAUUGGGGUGCUUUAGUAAAUUUUGUAUACAGUACAACCUGUGACAUAGGCAUUUUAAAAUGUAGUUGGAGAAAAAAAAACUGCAAUUGUUCAGGUACUUGAAAUGCUAUAUAUUGUAUAGUGUAUACAAUAGUCCAACUCAGUUUUGUUGUGGAGCAAUCACUUACUAUAAAAAUUCAUCUUGGGAUUCUGCAGAAUUUGUUCAAGUAAAGAUUCUUGUGUAUGCAAUCGACAUACCACUAGUUUAACUGUAUUGUAACAUUACAAUAAAGUUUUG